AUGGCAAUGCCAUUUGGGUUGGAUACAGUGAAAUCUCGGUCUGUUUCAGAUCAUAGUCCAUCGUCGAACGGCCGGAUUAGUCACCUUGUCAGCGCUAAUCUGUCGGAAUCUCAGGCACUUCUGGUCAAGUUCUCCUCGCGUGUGGAGGCGGCAACUCGACCGAACGUAGCCACUGAGCCAGCCUCGUUGCAGCAAUCAUCGCCUGAGCGAAUUAUCAUCCUUCGUCCUUCAGGGCCGGUCGGAGUGGGCAAAAGUCCACUUUUCCGACCUGUCGUCGCCUCGGCUAACCCGUCUUCAUCAGCCGCACUCCUUUCCAAUUCUACCGAUCCAGGACUUGAUGCUGGUGACACAGAAAGCGAAACGGUUGACGACAUUUCAGACACCUACCCCUGCCAACUAAGAGUGCAACAUGAUACAACCUUUAGUGUGCAUUCCCCUUCGUCCUCCCUGCCUCACUCCGCAGGCAUCACUCAGCCAACAAACAUUGUCUGUCGACCUACCGGACGUCAAAAUUGGCCCACUCCCCAAUCGACUGUCUCUAUGCCCGAACGACAGUCUGUCACGGAGACCCACAAACUUUUCCUCUCUCCCGACAAAAACGAUGCCUUGGGUCCACCUCAGGACAGGCUUGUGUAUGGU